AUGUCCUCCUCCUCCUCCUCCGGUGGUGGCGAGCCACGCAUCAUCGCGCAGCUGGGCCGCACGCAGCUCGAUCACUGGGGCCACGCGGGAUUCGGCAACGGCGCAGCCUGCGGCCACGUCUUCAUCAAUGAAGAGGAGCAUCGUGGGCCGCCGGCCCUCAUAGCUGCCCAACGCCCCCGCGCCUACACCACGUCAAGGCCACUGGCAUUCCACUAUCCGGGCCUGGCCCCGCGCUGGGUUGACGAGCAUGGCGGCGGCGGGGUUCAAUCGGACGCCAGCGGGAUGCCGUUCUGCCGGCGGCCCGAGGACGGCGCUGAGAUGUGGGCUGGGCGCUGCCCGUGUUGGCGCCAUGACGACUUCUCGUACCUGACCGACUGUGAGGUGCGCGACGUGUGGGCUGGCGUGCGCUUCAGUGCCCGCCACUACGUCAUGCUUGAGAUGCUGUCAGUGCACGUUAAGCCGCGGUUGCGCGUCCAUGGUGUGGCGCGACUUGCAUCUCGCACGCCGCGACGGCAGUCAUCUUCGACCGAGACGAGCAGCAGGCGUGGCAGCAGUAGCAAGUACGUAAAAACGACCACUGUUCGCGGAGGUGCAGGGUCACAACAGAUUGGCGGCUGGGAGCGAGAGCGAGUCCGACGGGUCUGA